AUGGUGUACGGUCGUCUCAUCUACAACAAUGUUAAGGAUUACACUCCUCAAUGGUUCAAGACUAUACCCUACUAAUAAACAGUAAAGCCUUCCUUCGUAAGAAAACCCUAGGUAGUGUCUCGUUUGAAUAGUGAUCCAAAAGUGAAGGCCCUCUGGAGAUUUCUAGGUAGAAAUGUGGCUGACAAUCCUUGGGCUUGGUAGAUUUACAUUUUUGCAAAUUCCUUUGUGAUUUUUGGCCUUUGUUAUUAUCCAUGGCUUUGGGUUUACUAAUUCAACAAUAAGAAGAGAACUAUUGAUUAUGCCUUACAAUAAGAGAAAGAUUGGAAAGCCAAAUAAGCAGCAGCAGAAGAAUGA